GCCCGGUGGAUAUUUGGUUGAUUAUAUUAUGGGAGGAGUAGAAAGAGGAAGAAGAAGAAGAGGCCGAGAGGAAUGUAUAUCAUGGAGGGAUGAAGGCGUACUUUAAUGGGAUGCAUGGAAUGGCGGUGAUGGUGGGAAUAAUAAUAAUUAAUUCAUGCGCCGUCCAUAACAAGUCAAUUAGGUUCACGUUAGUUUGGUCGAGAGUACAGAGGAUUAAUUAUAGUAAUUACAGUAAGGUAUCCAUGGUCUACAUUACAUGGCUGGGGAGUACGGGGGAGUACAGAGUAUCUUCGAAGUAUUCUGUUGAUUUGUUGGUAGAGGAAGAAGACGGUGGUGAUGAUGGUUAUGAUAAUAUAAAAAGAGUGUGCAUGUGCGCUGAAGAGUGGAACGGGAGGCUGUAAAUUGAUUGAUUUGAUCGAUUGAAUCGAAUGAAUGGAUGAACCUUCCAUACCAGAACCCUGUCACCCUGUCUACAGAG